CUUGUCCCCGUGACGUCACCCACACGCGACUCUUCAAGCAGCAGCCAACAAAAAUAUGUCGCGCUGCAACCGGAGCCGUUUUUUCCGACAGUAGUUUUAAAUCUUCAGAUUUGUGUUGUCCUCGGAGUCGACGGACAUGUCGCGGCCCUCCCAGAAGAGCGGCGUCCCGUGCAGAUGGCUGGACUACUCGUCUGUGGGCAAGAGGCUGGAUGGGACUCGCUUCCUGGCCUUCAAAGUCCCCCUGAAGCAGUCUCUGAACCGGCAGCUUCCCUCUGCGGAUGCGUUCGGGCCGUGGGAGCUGCUGGACUCGGUGCAGCAGGACCAGCAGGAGCUGGGUCUGAUCAUCGACCUGACCUUCACCACGCGCUACUACUCGCUCCAUGACGUCCCAGAGUCUCUGCUGGUGCUGAAGAUCUUCACAGCCGGUCACGAGGUUCCCAGUGACGACACCAUCCUGAGCUUCAAGCGCGCCGUGCGCUGGUUCCUACGGGAGAACGCGGAGAACGACAAGCUGGUCGGAGUCCACUGCACCCACGGGCUGAACCGCACCGGAUACCUGGUGUGCAGGUACCUGAUCGACGUGGACGGGAUGGACCCUCAGGCCGCACUACAACUGUUCAACUCCUCUCGGGGACACAACGUGGAGAGACGGAACUACCUGGACGAUCUCCUCCGUGGCCCGAGGAGGAGCAACGAGGGCAUGGAGGACGCCGAGCAGCAGCCAAUGAGAGGGCUCGCUUCACAGAGGCCCAUGUCCACCCCGCCGGACACGGACAGCGCAGAGGACAGACGUGUAAAAGACUCCCGGAACCACAGACCUUUCCCUUCAAGAGAAACAAACCAGCGCUCGCACCGCCACCAUCUACACAACGGCCUUCCCAGUCCCCCUGUGGGGGUCCCUGUCCGUCCUUAUCAAUGGACGCCCCCUUGUACUGACAGUCAAUGGAGGAGACCCCCCCGCUCAGAGGACAGCAGGUCCAGGUAUGCUCCUCCAGAGGACAGCAGGACCCGGUAUGCUCCUCCUCCGGACAGCAGGUCUAGGUAUGCUCCUCCAGAGAACAGCAGGACCCGGUAUGCUCCUCCAGAGGACAGCAGGACCCGGUAUGCUCCUCCAGAGAACAGCAGGACCCGGUAUGCUCCUCCUCCGGACAGCAGGUCUAGGUAUGCUCCUCCUCCGGACAGCAGGACCCGGUAUGCUCCUCCUCCGGACAGCAGGUCUAGGUAUGCUCCACUAGAGGACAGGAGGAGAGGUCCUCCUCCUCUUCCCCGUUACUCUGCACGCUGGACUAAGGAGUCCAUCGGUUGAGACACCUGAGGAGGACUGUGCUGGACCUCCAAUGAGACACCUGAGGAGGACUGGGCUGGACCUCCAAUGAGACACCUGAGGAGGACUGGGCUGGACCUCCAAUGAGACACCUGAGGAGGACUGGGCUGGACCUCCAAUGAGACACCUGAGGAGGACUGGGCUGGACCUCCAGUGAGACACUGAGGGAGGACUGGGCUGGACCUCCAAUGAGACACCUGAGGAGGACUGAGCUGGACCUCCAGUGAGACACUGAGGGAGUAGUGAAGUUCUUUUAGUUCCAUCAGACCUCUGGGGCUCUGGUCUUCAGGAGGCCGAGGUCCCGAGACCGCGUGGACAUCGUUGUGGAGCAGCUCAGACCCCAAAGGGACUCAAUGCAGCGCUCCAGCUGAAGGUGCUGGUCUGGGUUCUGACAGAUGGAGACAAAGACUUGUUUAUAUAUUUUAAUGCCCAGGUUGUAAAGGACAGAAUUAUUUUAUCACUGAGGCUCUCAACAUGUUUAAAGUUUAAUAAAGAAAUAAAACACUCCAA